AAGGGCAGAACACACCCAAGUCUCCUCCUCAGAACAAGACUUGGCACCCAGGAGCCAGCCCUCUCAGUCAACCUGAGCAGGUAACCGCUUUGCCUCAUGCACUGCCGCUGCUGCUCUGCACUUGAUUGGAGAUACCUGCUGUGAACACCCGAGGAGAGACCACAGGAGCCACAUCUGGGGUCCCUGACCAUUCCCAAAUUGGCCUCUGGGGGAGAUCAGAGCUGAGAAGCGGUCACAGGUUUCCAGAGUGGUUACCUUCACCCCCUGGGGCUGGACUUGCCAGACGAGCAGCUUCCUCAGCUCCUGUAGCGACUCUUCUCAUUGGCGAAGAUUCCUCCCUGGUUUUCUCCAGCGUUCUCCCCAUCUGGAUUCAUCAUGGUUCUUCUUGUGUCUUGGGGUGUACACAUUGCUUUGAACUGGAACGAAAGUAGAAGCAUAGUUGAGAGCCAUGUUGUCCCUUGGUGUCAGCAAAGAUGGUGUCAUUCCACCUACUGAGGAAGAUCGCAGGAAGAUCAUCAGGCAGAUGAAGGUGCGCACCACAUUAAAAGGGGACAAGAGUUGGAUCAACCCGCCGAACUCAGAUUCUGAGGAUGAAAGAAAGAGUCCAUUGAAACCUAAACCACAGUCACCUUUUGCAAAUGGCCAUUCAGACAAGUGUCCAGGUUCCAAGCCUCCCUCUGGUUACCUUAUCAGAGGAGUUUUCACCAAGACUGUUGAUAAGACUCUUCCCCAGAUGACUUCCCCUUCUUUUAACGGAGCACAAAAAAGCACUGCAGCUAAGAGUGCCAGCCUCCCCCGUGUCUCCUCCAGAUUCAAGAUGACAACUGAGGAUUACAAGGAACUGGCUGCGUAUAAUGUGAAGCCAACAUCAGCAGAUUUAGAUGAAGAGGAGCUACCUUUUAGUCCAGAUGAACACAAAAAGAGAACAGAGGCAGCCAACAAUGUGCUGAAGCGCACAGCUAGCAAGGAGCGUGCUUAUGUCCUGUCAGCUGCCAAGAAAAGCAGUGGAAGUCCUACACAAGAGCUGCCACCUUUAUUUGCCAAGAGAGUUGAAAUUGAGGAGGAAGAAAUGCCACACCACAAGAGUCAGAGUUUAGCUGCUUCAUCAAGGUUUAGUGCUGGUGACAUCAGUACUAAUAGGGUGAAAAAGAGCCCAGCAGAAUCUCCCUGUAAUGAGCCAAGGGCAAAAACUGCUGUUUCCACAGAGAGCACUGAUGCAGGCAGUAAAAGCCAAACAACCAGAACCUGGAGUGAAACUAAAUUGAGGAGCUCCAGUUCUACUGAACACAGAAAUGGUGAAGACAGACAGGCCCCUAAUGAGAAGUCCUCAGCAGAAAUCAGGUCUCAGUAUGGGAAAAGCUCUACCUGUGAAGAAAGUGUGAGCAGUGCCCCCCAAUCAAUGCCUCCAAGUGAAGAAAAGUUCACAGCUACUACAUCUCUGACGAAAAGUGAUUACUUGGUUAAGGAGGAGCCUGAUCUGAUCUCCUGGGAUGAAUUGGUUACCAAAGCCACAACCUUUUCUGCAAGUCAAAGGUCCAGUUCCCAUUAUGGGAUUGGUGCUGCUGAUGCUACAACUGAGCUGUGCCACUGGUACAAAGUCCCUGUGCACCUGGAGGACACAAAUUCAAACCUCACAAGGUCCAGCUCACAGUCUGCGGAUAUCCCUCCGUCUCCUAACGACACCAGAUACAAAGUCCCUGCACAUCAGAAUGGUACAGAAUAUAAUAUUAAAAGAGCUGUCCCAGAUGAUGAGGAGAGAAGCAGCACCCAAGAUGCCAGAUACAGGAGUCCUAGAGCCACAGAACAUGAAGAACCUGAUCGGAAUGGCGCAGAGCUGAGCACUUCUGAAAGAGAGAGCAGCACUAUUACCCAAGAGGUUCGAUACAAAGUCCCUGUGCAUCUGGAUGAUGAAGAAUUUGAUCUUAAAAGCUCUAUCCCAGCUUAUGAAGAGGGAAGCACUAGCAAAGAGAGAGGACAGGAGAAGACUCAAGCAACAGAUUACUACACAGCAGAAAUGAGCACAAGAGGGUUUUCCAGUUUCAGGAGCAAUACUGAAGAUACUGAGAAUCUGAAAGUACCUGCUACAAAUGACACUCAAAGUGAGCCUCUACCUGCCAGAAAGCAUGCUAAGCCUGACCCGAACAUGGCAAAAUAUAUCCCAGUUAACAAAGAGAGAAGCAUUAGCAGAGACACAAGAUAUGAGAGGUUGACAGGGGGCAAUGAGCAGAAACUAAGCUUAACAAACAGAUCUAGCCCCACAUCUAGAGAAAGCAGCAUCUGUACUUCAGAGAUCCAACAUGUAGAGCACAAUGAACCUGAUUUGAAUGUGUCAAGGACUUCCCCAGAUUAUGAAGAGAGACUUUCCACCCCAGCGGGGACCAGUCAUGACAGUCCUAGAGCCAUGAGUCACAAUGAGCCUAAUCUGAACACAGCAAAGUCCAGCUCUUACUCUAAGGAGAAUGUUGUCAGUACCCAUCAUGUGAUGUCCUCACAUAUGGACAGCCAGAAACAAAAUUUCAUUAUGUCAGAGCCCAAUCACAGGAUAUCAUCCUACCUAGAAAGACCAGUAUACAAUGUUGGAAGGUCUGUCCCAGAUUAUGAAGAAAGUAGUCCCAGAUAUACCAGGUAUGAGAGCCCACCUGCCAGCAGGGCCAAUGAUUUUGACCCUGCCAUGGAAAGCAGGCACUACUCCUAUCCUAGAGAGAGCACUGAAACCAUGUCCCAGAGAAGUCACAGGGUGCCAUUCUAUGCAGACAGCUCAGACUACAAUACCAGAAGGCUUCCUCCAAACUCAAGUGAGAGGCCCUCCAUCUCUCCUGCUACCUCUCAUUACAGCAGUUUGUUAGCCAAAAGGUGUGAGUCUGAUCCCAACAUUGCAAGCAAAGGGAUCCUCUUUGUGAAGGAGUAUGUGAACAGCAGUGAGUUUUCAUCCUCUCCACGCUACACGAGUGGCAGCUUAGUUGAUUUGACUGACAGAGAGAGAGCAAGGUACAGUAACACCUGCUACCUACACAGUGGUGCCCCAAGAAGGGCAGUUGAUAGAAUCUGCACAUACUGUGGCCGUGAGAUCCGAGACUGCCCUAAGAUAAUGAUAGAGCAUCUCAACAUUUGCUGUCAUGAAUACUGUUUUAGGUGUGGAAUUUGCCAUAAGGCAAUGGGAGAUCUCCUGGACAAAAUAUUCAUUCAUCGUGACAUUGUCCACUGUGAUAAAUGCUAUGAGAAGCUUUUCUAGUUUUUACAGAGCUGUAGGAGCCAGCCAGUUGGAAGACUUCAACAGUAUAUGUCAGAAUGCACCUAACAGUUCUCGACUUGUUAAGAUAGCAAACCUCUUUUUCCCUACUUUCCUGAAGUUCUUUUUCUCUGUUGUCACCUCAUCACAAUGAAUGAAUUGAACAGCCACUAGUUUUAUUUUGUUUGCUGCACACUAUACAAAUGCCAACAUUAAAAAGAAAAGGCAGUGUCAUCUACAACAGCUAAGUGCCAUGAUUCUUCAAAUGGCACCUCCUGCUGCCAUUCAUUUCCAUAGGAUCUGUGUAUACUCAGCACUACAAAAAUCAGGCAGAAACUAUUUAUGGCUCUCAAAAACUGCUAUUCCUUUUUUAUUCUUUUGUUUGAUUUUUACAAGUUGACUACAUCCUGGUUUGAACCUAAUGACAUAAAACAAGCUACUUGUAGAUCUUAAGGGUGUAGAAGGCCAAGCUCAGGGCCUUGGAAAGAUCCAAAAUGCAGGUGAAUCCAGUGUCUAUUUACUUCACUCCCAUAUUCUGAUUACAAGUAUUGAUUACCUUCCAUUUGCUUGUCAGAAAUAUUCUGAAGCACUUGCAGACUCGCUUUGCCUUAACCAUAUGUCAGCUUUAAUUUCCCUUCCUCUCCUUCUCCCCAGUUGAUUUUAUCCUCAGCAAGCAUGUGUGCUCAAGGUUUUGGAGUGCUUGCACUCUUUUCUACCUGGAAUUCUAGUUUGAUUUCUGAGGGGGUGGUUUCUGAUUGCCUUAUUGACCAUGCCAAGGGACCGUGCUUUUCAGCUGACCUUCUUUACAGGGGGUGUCCCUUAUUUUAAAUCUAAAUUUACCUCUGCUUACUAAACCUGCUGAAUGUCUCUUUUUAUUACUGUACCUUAUUUAGAUCAUAAAUACUGACUUACAAAAAGUUACAACAGAUGUACGUGGUAUGUCUACACAUGCACUUUAAUGUGCAUUAGCCUAUUUUAAUGCACAUUAAAGCAUCAUGUAAAAACCAUGCUUUUUACAUAAUGUGCAUUAAAAUAGGCCAAUGUGCAUUAAUGCUUUAGUUAGUAUGCAUUAAGCCAGGGUAAGGCUCAUUAGCCUGAAUACCUCACAGUGGAGGUAACUAGAUUUAAUGUGCAUUAAUGCACAUGUAGACACACCCAGAAAAAAUGUGGAUUUCUUGUAAUCUUAGCUCCCCCAUUUAGCUUUGUAAGGUUGAGAGCUAUGCUGGGGUUCUUCAACACCAAAACCUCAAAAGUUAUGCUUUCUGCCUUGAAGUAUAGCUGCAAGUACAGCCAAAGAUUUAUUGUUUUAUCCUAGAAAACAUUAGAAAUAGCUGCAAAGCAAAUAAUCUAGAGCCUGUGUCAUAUAAUAGCUUGUGUGUGGAAACAUGAUGGCAAAAGCAUUAAUUGAAAAAUUAUUAUUAACCAUGUAAUGCUGUGAGUGAUGGAGACUGGUAUAUAUAUGAAUGCUUAGCAAUUUAGUCUUUUCUAUAGAACAAUACCUUCUAUUGAUUUCAGGCAUCUCUGUCAGUUGUUAACCAGACUAAGUUAUGAUCUUAUAUUGGGGUGGGCAAUUAUUUCAGGCAGAGGGUCACUUAAUGAAGUUUGGUGAGCUGUCAGGGGCUGCAUGGGUAGACCACCCCUUGACAGGUGCCCCAUCCCUGGCCACCAUCUUAGGGCUGGAUGUCCCACCCAUAGCCCCUGACUUUUGCCACCAAAAGUCCCUACCUUUUGGGGGUGGGGGGAUGCCAUCUUAGAACCAGAAAAAACCAAAUCAUACACUAAAAGUCAAACAUCUACUAUAACAUAUUUUAAUUUUAUUACAAAAAAUACUUUAUCAUGAGUUGUGUUUGUAUAUUAUAUAUAGAAGUGAUUGCAUAAUAACUCAAAAUAAAUUCUUAGUCUUUUAUAUUGUGUGGGAGUGUGUGAUGGGGUGUAUAGUGAGGUAUGGGGUGUAUGUGUGUGGAUGGAGGGUGUGGGGGUGUUUAGGGUAGGGGAAGUUAGUAAGAGGGUGUGGCUGUGGGGGGGGCACAGGGUAUGUUGGGGGGAGUUGUGUGGCAUUUUGGGAGUGUGGCUCUGGAACACGUCCUCUUCUGCAGUCAGUGCAGGCAACACGUGUGUGUGUGUGUGUGUGUGUGGUUUGUGGGGUGUGAGGGCAGAUGGGAGGGGUGUGGGGAUUUAUAUAGACAGAGAUAGACAUAACUAUAGUAUUGAUAUCAAAUGAUACCUAUAUAAGCUGUUAUGAUGUAACUGUUACAUCUGCAGGAUUCUGUAGUGAUCUGAUAGAAAAACUGCUAUAGCAGUGGUCACCGUUUGGAUAGUUGGGAUUGACCCGUUUAUUCUGGGCUGGGGGGGGCUGAGGGCACGCAUGCAUGUCCAAUACAUCAGUUGGUGGGGGAAGGGGUGGAGGCCAAAUCGAAGCCCUUGCAGUGAGGGACAGAUUCAGGAGCAGCCCAGUAAAUGGGGUCUUGGCUGGGCAGGUGGUGGGAGGAUUGAGUCUGGGCAGCUCAUCCAGAGAGGGAGGAGGGCUCCCACUGCUGUGUGCAUCCAAGUGGAGGCCCCAGGGGGCACUUGCCCCCCAUCUGUGUCCAGCAGAGGCAGCUCCCACUGUGGGCUGGGCUUUGUGCCCUGAGCCCCACUGCAGCUGGCCUGGGAGCAGCCCAAUGCUACAUGCAUCCUGUCCUGGGCUAAGCCUCCUCCCCUGCCCACCCAGUGACCGGACACAUGUGGCAUCAGGCUGCUCCUGGGCCAACUGUGGUGGGGCUCAGGGUGCAAAACCCAGCUCACAGCAGGAACCACAUCUGCCAUGCACAGAUCAGGGGGCAUGUGCCCCCACCCCGAUGUGUGGCAGCACGGGUGGCUGCAGCAGGGGUGAGGGAGGGAGCAGGGCUGGAGCAGGAGGAGGCUAUGCACAGCUGGGAUGGGGUGGGGUGAAGCUGCAAACAGCGCAUCCAGGGGGCACAGGGUGGGAGGGCACCGGGGGGGCACAUGUCCCCAGAAUUGCAUGGGGUAGGGCGGGGUGGGCUGCAGCUGUGGGCUGGGUCUGGGUUGUUCCCGACAGAGGCUGGGGCCACGUGGUGGCGGUGGCACUGGGAGUGGGGCUCUGGGGGCCUGCAACCACCCAAAAAUUUACUGUAGUGGCCCCAACUCCCCUUUCAGCACCUCCACCACCCAGCCCGACCAUGGCCUCCAGCAGGAACAGCCCAACACUGCUUCCACCCUCCUUCCCCUGAGGACAUGAGGGCCAUGUUCCCUGGAUCUGCAUGGGAGAGGGCAGGUUGCUGCUGCUGGCUGGGGCUGGGAGGCAGUGCUGUUCCCAGCAGAGGCUGGGGCCUGCACUCAGACUGGGCAGUGGUGGCACUGGGACGGGAGUUGAGGGCACUACAGAAAAUUUUCAGGUGGCUGCAGCCCCCUGUAGCCUCGCUUCUAGUGCUGCCGCCACCACUGCACAGCCCCAACCUCUGCUGGGAACAGCCUGACCUCAGCUGGCAGCUGUACCCUGCCCUGCCCUGCGCAGUUCUGGGGGCACACCCACCCCGUGCCCUUCCGGGAUGUGUGUCCCCCCCUCUACCCGUACCCCCCAGAUGAGCCACUCGUGGCUGCAUCCCAUCCCACCCAACCCAGGCUGUGCAGGGCCUGACCCUGUUCCAACCUUGCUCCCUGCUCACCACCAUUUGGCGGGGGGGAGGGGAACAGAUCGAGGCCCCAGAGGUGAGAGAGGGAGUAGGGCUAGGGCUGGGGUCUUGAUCUUCCCCCUCCCCCCACCCCUUCCCCCACAGACUUACCUGCUGAGGCUUGCUCCCAAAUAAUUUUUUCUCCCUCUGCUUUGAUCUGCACCUCGCCUUCCCUCCUCACAGACUUACCUGCUUGGGGAGGGGCGGGCGGGGGGGGAGGGGGUGGCAGCGGCAUAGGGUAGAUCCUUCCAUUCCUUUUAAAUUCCAGAAGUGGUCUCCAGCUUAUAAAGGUCAGAGACCACUGUGCUAUAGCAUUAGCCCUGUUUCUUUCAAUCUAAAUUAGGGUGAUUUAGCAAACAUAUCACUAUAGGACCUGGCAAAGGUAACAGUUACAUUGUAACAGUUGAUGUGCCCUCCAGACCAGCAGUUCUUCCCCCCCUAUAAAAGCAGCUAAAAAGUAUGUUUGUCCACGCCCCUACAAAAUGCUCCAUGAGUGGAGCUUCCAUUGGAACCUCAUCCUCCCCUACCCCACCGGGGGCAAUUUGCCAUGUGCUAGAGCACACGUGCAGGGGCAUACCCCUGGGACAAGUAGCAGUGGCACAACUAUGUGUUGUUGCUAUUUGUCCCCAUUGAAAUGCACAUGUGUGCGUGUCUGGAUGCACCCUAAGGGUGCAUUGAAAUGCAUUCUUAAAGCAAGGAGGAGCUCAAGGUAUUGGUCAUAAAGGCAUGGGUUUCAAAGAUGACUAAUGAUGUUGAGUGCCUCAGUUUUGAGGUGUCCAAGUUGAAAGCUCUUAAAGCAGCAUCCACCUUCUGAAAAUCCAGGUAUUUGCAAGAUAUCUCAGAUUGGGUACCCCAAAUUGCUAUGCACUGCUGAAAAUCUCAGCCUGAAGUUCUUUAAUAGUACAUAUACUAAUUGAUUGGGAUUUUCUGGUAUCGCAGCUUUGGCAAAGUAGAUGUAUUAUAGGACACAAUUCUUGUUGCAAGACACCUAUUACAAGGUUUAUAUUCUCAAGAUCCAAGGAGCUUAUUUAAAAUACAGUGUCACUUGACACUUGAUUAUAAAUGCAUUUUGGAAAAAAAAAACUUGCAAAACUAAUAUGAUAACUAAUUCCACAGUUCCUAAUAUGUGUAUGAUCUAGGCUUUUAUCAUAUGUGUUACUUUAUCUUUGUUGGUUACUGUAUUUGUUAUAUCAAUUGUUUAAACUCCAUGUACAGUUCUAAUAAACAGUAAGGUAGUAUGUGUAACUUAUGUAUCUGCAUCAGAAUAUAAAUGCAUUCUUGUUGCAAA